UUUUCUUCCAAAUUUUUUCACUCUUUUUUUUUUCUUUUCCUUUUUUUCCUUUUUUUUCUUUUUUCUUUGAACUUUUCAACAAAAACUCGGUCAAAAACAAGCAAACAAACAAACAAACAAAAACGACAACAACACAAAGCGAUGAGUGGUGGAAUGACUGGAGGAGGAAGCGGAUCGACAGGCGCUGGGACUGGCGGGAGCGUUUCGCGGUUCAAGUGGAUGACGGCGGCGCCCAAGAAGGACUGGAAGUGGACGAAUGCGAAAGUGGGCGACUUUCGGAUUGAAGCGAAUGCGAGCUACUUUGCCAUCCCGUGGAGCACUCCGAACGCCAACACACUGGCCGUGAUGCCGUUCGAGCCCAGCGAAGUGGCGCCGCGCAGGUUUGCAGACAGCCCCGCGCUCCUCGUCAACAACGCCACCAUCCUCGGAUUCGAUCUGCACCCGUUCGUCCACACGGUCGCUGCAACUGCCGCUCGCGAUGGCGCAGUCAAGCUGUGGCAGUUCCCCGAAGACGGCAUUCGAAGGAAUAUCGAAGAACCGACACUCACGCUGUCGGGCCACACGAAGCGAGCGGCAAUUGCGCAAUUCCAUCCAACUGCCAACCAUGUUCUUGCAUCAGCUGCUGCCGACUCGACGGUCCGGCUCUGGGAUCUCGAGGCAGGCAAGGAAAUGUCCUCGUUUGCCGGUCACGACGAUGUUGCACUGUCGGUCUCGUUCAGCUUGGAUGGCCAGCGAUUCGUCACCUCAUGCAAGGACAAGAAGCUCCGCUACUUUGACGCUCGCAAACCCGGUGAAGCCACUUCUUCGACUGACGCGCACGACGGUCUCAAGGGCUUCCACACUGUUUGGCUUGGAGAGAGCGAACGUGUUGCGACGGUUGGUUUCAACAAGGCCAGCUUGCGCGAGGUUGCUGUUUGGGACAACCGCAAACUGUCGCAGCCUCUCAAGCGGCAUCAAAUGAACAUGUCUCCCAGCAUGCUCGUUCCCUUCUACGAUUUGGGCACGGAUUUGAUUUAUCUUGUUGACAAGGGCGAGGGCAUGCACGUGUUUGAAGCAAGCGACACAUCUCCGCACCUCCAAUUUGUGCUGGAGCUCAAGUUCGCGGCCAUCCUCAACGCAAAGCUCUUGCCAAAGCGCCUGUGCGACGUCUCCAAGUGCGAAGUCGCGCAAUUCCUCAAGCUCAACAAGGACAUGAUUGAAUUUGUGUCCAUGCAGGUUCCGCGCAAAACCUCCUAUUUCCAAGAGGACCUGUUCCCGCCAACACCCUCUGGAGAGCCGUCAAUCUCGUCUGCAGAGUUCUUUGCGGGCAAGCUCGCUCCGCCAAAGCUUGUCAGCUUGAAGCCCGAAGGCGCCGUUUCCGUAUUUGACGUUCCUGAGGAGGCGGGCGGCAAGAAGCGUGCAGAAGAUGUGGCCGCGGCAGCUGCUGCGGCCGCAUCCAGCGCGGCGGCUGGCAUCGAUGCCUCUGCCCCUCACCAGCCACUCAGCGCGGCGCUCGAAGGUCAGCUGGCAGAACUCACCAGCUCCUUCUUCCGAAAGUUCCGCCAAGUCCACCUGUCGCUCAAGGACGAAGUGCUGUACGCCUUCGACUCGGCCGAGGCUUCCACGUCCAUUUACACCAUUCCGAUCAAGCCUGGCCUGCGUGUGGUUCAUCCCGACAAGGACAUGUGGGAGCAGGUGCAAGACGUCUGCUUCCAGGUGACGGACGGUCGCGAUCUCGAUCGACACUACCGAGCAACCACGACCAAGGAGGCCACGCACUGGGUCAACACGAUUCGUCUUGCGCUUCAAAAAGCCAGCCCUGCAGCAGCCCCGCAGCAGACGACGCUGUCUCCAAGUUCGUUGACUCGCGCCCCGUCCGCGGCCAACGCCAAGCGCACUUCAACCAACGGUCCUCCAACCGCCGCUGGGGCGCCGACGUCACCGGCAUCUCAAAAAGCUGCCGAGGCGGGCCCAGACAUGACGGGCAAGCUUGUCAAGGUCGGUACCUUGUUUGUGCAGACUGGCUUCUUCCGAUCGUGGAAGCCGCGGCACGUCAAGCUGGUGCGCCAAGGAGCAAGCGGCAGCAAGCUGCUUUAUUUUGAGAACGAGACCUCCAAGGACCCCCUGGGCACUGUCGACACUGGCAGACUGACCUGGGUGUCCGUCAAGGACUUGGAAGACCUCCAGGCGGCGCAGCACAUUCGCCAAAAGAUUGGCACCAUUCCGCGCCUGCUGGAGCUGACUGGCUUGGGCCGGACGUUCAUCUUCCAGGCCGCCAGUGACAACGAGGCGAACGAAUGGGUGCGAGCUAUUCAUGCGUGCAUCAACUUUGCCUUCCAAGCGAUCGAGCCCAAGCGCUUGCGAUCUGGUCCCGCUCAGCAGAACGGCGAAGACGAGCCCGACUACAAUGUGUGCGGUGCCAACGACCCCAAGUGCAAUCACAUUACUCGCGGUGAUCUCGUGACCUUGAAGGAGGCUGGCAUGAUGUUUGAUUCGUGGCCGCAGCGCUGGGUGCGGGUGGACAAUGGCGUCUUGAAGCUGUACCCGUAUGUUCCCGAGAAGGACCAACUGGAAAACAUGCUGGAGGACAUUCACAUGUCCAAGGUGCUGUACGUGCGCCGCACUGUGAACUCGCAGUUGUCGCUUCCAAACACGGCUUCCUCGCAGCACCAACAACAGCACGCGCACAGCGCACAGCAAGAGCAAGAGCUGAUUGCGGCCGACCCUGCUGUUCUGACUGAAUUCCAAGUGAUUACUGCGACGCGCGUGUGCUUUUUGCGCGCGUCCUCCGUCACCAAGGCCAUCACAUGGGUGACAGAGCUCGAGUACAUUCGCUCGACCUUGCAGCAGGCGCCAGUCCUCACGCGCAGCGGCUCGUCCGCCAUCAACCUGUUCGCUGUCGCCACCGUGCUGGAUCCUGAUGCAACCUCUGCUCCCGAAGAUGGCGAGACCGAUCCCGACAGCCACAGCAGCUCUGGAUCCAUCACACCCGUUCCUGUGAACGCGACCACGACGCUGGAGGGCUAUGUCGACCGCCCUCAGGGCAUGCUGGGCUUGUACAGCCAGAGCUGGAUGUCGCUUGUCGGCCAAGAUUUGUUCUUUUUCCGCUACCGCGGUGCGACCCAGCCCGACAAGCGUGUGCCCAUGACCUCGGUCCAGAGUGUGGUCGAGUCCGAGAAGGACCCCGAGUUGGGUUUCCAGAUCAAGACCGCGACCGCCACUCUUGACUUGCGAGCAAAGACCCCUGAAGAGCGCGAUCGCUGGUGCGCUGUGAUCAUGUGCAUGCUGCAAGUCGACGUGGCGCGUUCUGUGGCCAAAGCUCUGCACGUGCCCGAAGUGGAGACCGAGGACAGUCCCGAAGUGACUGCUGCUGUCGUGCUCGAUCGCUCGGAUGUCCACAAUGGCAAAAAGGUGCUGUUGAUCCGCUGCACGGCCAAGCGUCGUGGUUAUGCUCAUCUUUGCGAAGCCAAGGCGUCCUCUCUGAACUCUGCGUGCUCGUACGUACUCGACACUGGCAAGAAGAUUUACCAGUGGAAUGGCACGGCCGCGAGUCGCUUGACCAAGGCGAAGGGCUGGGACGUGGCCAUGCGCAUUCACAAGCACGAACGCGACGGUGUUGCAACAAUCAUCACGAUGGAGCAAGGUGCCCGCGACGAGAAGAAAGAGUUUUUUGACUUGCUUGACGGCAAGCCAGAGUCGUACCCGACUACCUUUGACGAGUCUCUGAUUGUGGCGUCGCCCGUCAAGAUUUACAAGGUGGUCGACCACAAGGAGUUUGCCAAGCGCGUGGUCGUGGUGUUUGAGGGUCGCAAGCCGAGCAAGGACAUUCUGAAAACAAACUUUGCAUACGUCGUCGAGAGCGAGGCCGAGAUUUAUGUUUGGCAGGGCAAAUCGAGCUCUCAAACUCAGCGCAAGCUUGCUCUUCGCAUUGCCAAGACGCUUUACGUGCAACCGGAGCGUCCUUCGUGGAAGAUUUUGUUCAAGGUUCUGGAAGGCCAAGAGAUGGUGUUAUUCAAGGAGAAGUUUGACGGCUUCCCAGGUCUUUUCCAAGGCACAAGUAUGAUGGCAGAAGCGAAAGGCAACAUUGCUCAAACUGCUGUUCAGCAAACGAUCGAUCCGUUGGUCUUGUACAACUCUACUCCUCGACGCAGCAAAGAAGACGAGCUGUUUGAGAAUGACCCCAAGCCCGAGGGCCGGUUUAAGAUUUGGCGUAUUAGCGAUUUCGAGAUGGAACCCUUCCCUCGCGGCUUGUACGGACAGCUCUUUGGCGGCGAUUCGUACGUCAUCCAGUACACGUACUUUUUCAAGAAUUCAGACCGCCAUGUGAUUUACUACUGGCAGGGCAAGGACUCGAGCGUCACUGAGAAGGGAGCUUCUGCGCUCUGGACGAUUGAGCUGGAUGACAAGGAGCUCGGAGGCGAAGCGACGCAGUUGCGCACCACCAUGAACAAGGAGUGCCAUCACUUCUUGGCCAUGUUCAAGGGCAAGAUGCUGGUGCGUAUGGGCUCCUUCGCUACCUUUGGCAGCGCCGGCAGUGUGCUGAUGUUUGACGUCCGCGGCAACGACGCCAUCGAUACGCGAGGCGUCGAAACGGUCAGUUCCGUCGCCCACUUGCAUUCCUGGCAUUCGGCCGUGGUUUCCGGACGUCUGGGUACCUUUACCUGGCACGGUCGCCACAGCAAUGAUCACGAGCACCGCACCGCUGCGCGACUUGCAGCGCAGUUCAAGCUUGAAAGUCAAGAGAUCAUCUCCAUUGAAGAAGGCGAAGAGCCCCCGGAAUUCUGGGAAAUGCUCGGAGCCAAGCAGCCCUACUUUGACGGCUACGGCGGCAAGGAGCGCGUCAGUCCGCGCUUGUAUUCCUUCACUAACGCAACGGGCGUGGUUACUGCCGAACAAGUGUUCAACUUUUGCCAAGAGGACUUGGAGGAUGAGCUCGUGUUUGUGCUGGAUGCCCUUCAUGAGGUGUACGUCUGGUUUGGCACCCGCUCCAAGCCCAUUGUCAGAAAGUAUGCCAUGGAGACGGCACAGGCCUAUGUGGCCAAUGCAGGCACCAAGCACCCGAAGGGCAAGAACACGCCGUUGUGGGUGAUCAACUCUGGCAAGGAGUCCAUCAAUUUCCUUGCACACUUCCACGGCUGGGCUCGCGAAUUGCUCGAGCGUCCUGCCGAACCUGCGGCUGCUUCUUCCUCUCGCAGUCCCCGCAAAGGCAGCAUUGAUAAGAAAGGAGGCCACGUCAUUCGUUCCGUCCAAGAAGUCUUGGUCGAGUACACGCUCGAGAUUUACACGUACGAGGAGCUGCUUCAGGAGGUCUUGCCCCCAGGUGUCGACAGCCGAAAGCUCGAGACAUACUUGUCCGAGCACGAGUUUAAGAAGCUCUUCGGCAUGACCAAGCGCGAGUACGAGGCUGUUCCUCCGUGGAAGAAGGACAACCUCAAGAAGGCCGCCAAUCUCUACUAGACGUGACAUUGUGUUGGUGUGGUAUCAUCAUUUUUGAAUACAUUUACUCUUGUACACAAGGCGA